AUGUCCGACCCCAAGAUCCAAGAGCUCCUCACCAAGCCCCGCAACGAGCUCACCGAGUACGAGAUCGCCCAGCUCGAGGAGCACGAGUUCAGCGCCGGGCCCCUCUCGAUCCUGCAGACCGCCGUCCGCUCCCACACCCAGGUCCUCAUCUCCAUCAGGAACAACCGCAAGCUGCUGGCGCGCGUCAAGGCCUUUGACCGGCACUGCAACAUGUGCGUCCCCCCCCUCCAUCGUGUCUCCCCCGAAGCCUCAUCGCCGCGCCCUGGGGUUGCUUGCCCCCUCGCGUGGUGA